GCAACUCGUUGUCCAGACGUAAAUAUGCCACACGCAAGUUGAAAGUUCCCAAAAUUGAAAAUUCCACAGAAAAUUCCAAGGUGAAGGGGGGUUGCAAUGUAAAAGGUUAUAUUAUAUUCUGGAUUAUAUUGAUUAGGUAUAUUAUAUUAUAAGAUAUUGUGGUCAGAGAAGAGCAAAAAGGAAAGAACAAACCAGCACCCAGUACAUUUUAUAGGUACAGGCUGAAAAGCAUCACAUCACCAUGUGGCCAGUGUGGUGGUUGGUUCCUGUGCUGCUGGCUGCCUUCUGCGCGGCUGACACCGACCCGCAGGCACCUGGCCUGUACCAAAUUGAAGGUCGUCUGAUGAAGAUGGAGCGUGAUCCGGACCCUGAGUGGUUCCGCGUGGCAUUUAUAACGGUCACUGGUGGAGCAGAAACUCACUACGGCUUUCCGACCGCGGACGGCUCGUUCGUCGUCUCGAACCUGGCGCCCGGCUCGUAUGUGGUCGAUGUGACCAACCCCCGCUACCAGUUUGAACCGGUUCGGGUCGACAUCAACUCCAAGGGCAAGCUGCGCGCCAGGCGGGUCAACCACAUCGUGCCAUCGGAGGUGACCCAGCUGCCAUACCCUCUGAAGCUGCGUCCGCUAGGUCCGUACCAGUUCUUCCUGAAGCGUGAACAGUGGCGCAUCACGGACAUCCUGUUCAGUCCGAUGGUGAUGAUGAUGAUCCUGCCCGUGGUGCUCAUCCUGGUGCUGCCCAAGAUGAUGAACGACCCAGAGACACGCAAGGAGAUGGAGCAGAUCAGUAUGCCCAAGUACGAUAUGCCCGAGCUCUCUGAGAUGAUGACGUCAUUCUUCGGCAGCGGCGACAAAAAGAAAGGCGCCAAACCGAAGAAGAAACAAACGUAGCGACGCAAAACAGUGAUCGGGGUAUCAGGGAGGCGGGGUGUGGACGAUAUAUUCGGCAAAUGUGUCUGUCGACGAUAUGUACUGGAGAGGGCGUCUAUACAGAGAUAGCCGUUGUGAUUCCUCUCAUACGAACAAGUUGCAGCACGGUUUAGGAUGGUCAAUGGCCACUCGUGCAACAUGCUACAGACCCUGACGUGUGGAAGACUGCCCCACCCGGCCC